ACUGAAAAGGUGAAAUAGAGGAAGAAAGAGGAGAACAGUGGAACAGAAAUGUCAAACCACUUGAUUUAACGCAAGAUGGAUUCUCUUUUUCACUCUUUAGUAAAAUUGCUUUAAUAUAGGAUAUAUUUUAUUUAUAUUUUUAUAGAAGUUUGUAAAUUCUUUAUGCGACACCAUGGACUCUAACAUAAUGGCAUUUCUAGAAGAAUUCAUGGAAAGUGCGUUGGUGACUUGGGUACAGCUCUUUGAUGGUGUAGUGGACAGGGAGGACAACGUCAUGCUCUACAACCAGUACAUGGACGUGGACUACAAGUCCCAGAAUUCCCAUGACCGCUACCUGAGGCUGACCAAUGGGAUCUUUCUCAACGAGGUCAUGAGGAUCAUAGAUCCCAACCCGAAGCUGGAGCAUUUGUACCGCAGUGGAAGAGACGACCAGAUUCUCAGAGUCCAGAACUUCUCCAUCCUCAACCGACACCUCAGGGCCUUCUACCAGGAAGACCUACAGCAGCUGAUUCUGAUGCCUCUUCCAAACACUGCCAUUUUGGGGCAAGACCCCCUAACAGAGGCAGCAGUGGAGGAGUUGAGGAGAUUACUACUGCUUUUACUGGGAUGUGCGAUACAGCAACAGUGUGAGAGGAAGGAAACAUUCAUACAGCAAAUCCAGUCGCUGGACAUCGAGACUCAAACUUCCAUUGCCAACUGUAUCCAGGAGGUGACCCAGGACCCCAGAGUGGUGCUGCCUCUGCAAUGGGUGGAGCUGGGAGGGCUGGAGGAGGUGGAGCUACAGGUGCUGUUUGGCUCCAUGGCCAGACAGAUCCAAGGCCUGCUGGCACAGAGAGACACACACCUGGAGAGGAUAGCAGAGUUGUGUUGGACAAGCGAGGUCCAGCAGGUUGAGUCUCUCAUGGCGCUCCCAGGUGGUCAUACUGAGGAGCUGCCCCAGAGUCUGGCUGUCCAGCUAGCAGACAGCAGGGCCAAACUACGAUUCCUCAAACAAGAACUGGAAGACAAAGGAGAUCAACUAUUGGAUUACAAGCAGGAAGUUCAAACUAUGGAGGAGCAGUUGAAGAAACUUCAGAAAGAGAACCGCAGUCUUCAAGGUGAGGUGCGGGGAAUGCGUGCGUUGCGUGACGAGCUGGACUGUCUUCGUGACCGUGCAGGCAGAGCUGAGCAGCUGCAGACAGAACUACAGAGCUGCACUCAUAGACUACGCAGCCUGGAAGUCACUCGCACACAACUGAAGGAGCAGCAGCAGCUGUGUGUGGUGCUGCAGGAGACCCGAGUCCUGCUGGAGGAGCAGCUGGCAGACACACGGCAACGCUGCUCCAGCCUACGGGAGCUGGAGAGGGACAAUCUGCUGCUGCGACAGAGACUCAUAGACCUGGAAGGGGAGCAGGACACUGAGAGGCAGAGGGUCGAUGAGCUGUUAGAGAUGAACAUGGGCCUGGAGGCGGAGCUUAGACAUGUGCUUAGACACAACAACAACAAUACAGGCACGAUGACAGCGGCUCGACAUUUCCACCAAUCAGAGGUGGAGUCUGACGAGGAGGCUGGGCUAAGAGAGGAGCUAAGAGAAGAUAUUGAUCUGAAGCCUCUGAGUGUGGAGGUGGGUGAGGCGUCGUCACUGAGACUUCUGGGAGCUGAAAAUGAGAAUGCCGAGCUGAGGAGACGUCUGGAGGACCUGCAGUCUGAACAGGAGGUCAGGGGUCAGAGGCAAGCUGAUUUGCCGGAGGUGAGGGAGGAGCUGGCCUGUCUGGAGGCAGAACAUCAGAAUACACUAAGAGAGUUUCAGAACGUCAUUAACGAAAAUGCCACUUUGAAAAAGUGCCUGGAACUGCUGUUGACAAAGCAUCAAAGUAUUGAGGAAGAAUGUGAGAAAGGAGAGAAGGAGGAGAGGGGAGAGAAGGAGGAGAGGGGAGAGAAGGAGGAGAGGGGAGAGAAUGAGGAAAGGGGAGAGAAUGAGGAGAGAGGAGAGAGGGGAGUCCAAGGUUCUGAGUCCUCAAGAGGAGAAGGGGAGGGUACUGCCCGGAGAGGGUUGGACAGUGAGAGGGGAGUCAACAUCAUCAGAACCCAAAGAGAAGCUGGAGUUGGGGCAGAGUUGCUCCAUCCUGAAGCGAGAGAGGUGCAACUAGACGAUCAGGUUCUGAAACCUAAAAAGAGAGAAGAAGAAGGUGAGAAGGAGAUCGAGAGAGAAAGAGAGAUAAAAUAUGUAAAGAAUGACAAGGAAGAAGAUCUUGGGAAGGCAGACAUUAACCAGGAAGAGAUAGAAGACCACAACCCAGCCACUGAAGAAGAGAAACUGCCAAAAACAAAGUAUGAAGAAGAGAAGGAAAAGUCAGUGGAAAAAGACGUGUGUGUGUUCCCUGGGCUUGACGUGGAGCGCCUGGCCUCUGAGCUCCAGCAGGCCCUGGAGCAGGCUGACAGGCAGGCGUCUGUAGCCCAGGACCUGCGCUCCAAGCUGGGGGAACAGAGCAGGAAAGCCUGGGAGGCUGAGCAGAGACUGGUGCUACUGGAGGCUGAGGGACAGAGACUGAGGAAGGCUACAGAGAGCCUGGCGGAGGCCAAGAGACAGAUAGAGGUGCUGCAGGCGGUGCGCCUGCAGAUGGAAGAGGAGCUAUGUCGUCUGCGGAGCCAGGCUGAGCUACAACGGAUGCAGGCCUCGGUCAUCGCUACUCUGGAGGGGGAGCGAGCCACGCUGGAGAGAGAGAGAGAGACCCUCCGUAGCUCUGUGGACACCCUACGCAGUGCCCAACGCAAGGGUGACCAAUUGGAGCUGACGACCCAAGCCCUGAGGACGGAGCUAGAGCCAGGGAGGAGUCUGGAAUCCUCAAGGCGCAAUGAGGAGGAGUUAGAGGCAGAGCUUCGUGAGGUAGCACUAGAGGUAGAGUCUCUGACCCGGGGGCGGAACCAGGCUCUGCUAGAGGCCUCGCGAUUGGAGCAGGAGAAGGAGGCGUGUCAGGGAGUACUGGACAGCCAACGGAAGGAGCAGAGGCAGAGGGAGAGGGAGGCGGCCAGGCUGAGGCAGCAGCUACAGAGUACAGCAUCAGCCCUGGAACACAGCAACCAGAGGGCCUGCAGUCUGGAGACAGAGCACAGGCAUGUGUGUCAGGAGCUGUCUCAAUCCAAGGAGCUCUGUGCUCAAUUGCAAGAUCUGGAGAAGGAGCUCGGUACUCGGCUACGGGGUCUGGAGAAGGAGAGCCAGGAGCUUAAAGAGCUGAACACAAAAGCCCAGAAUAAAAUUAGAUCUCUGACUCAGGAGCUAGCCAAUGAGAAGGUGCAGUCCCAAGAACUGUCCAAUGAGGCUGCACGGCUGAAGCAGGAGUUUGAGAGGGUGGAGGCCGAACUGAAGACAGUUACUGCUGACCUUCUCCUUUCAGAGAAGUGGGAGAGAGAUGCCGCCUCUGCUAAUUUCCCACCAGAAAGCCCUGCUAACAUACAGAAGGCUACAUCCUCAGACAGACUCACACUAGAGCACCCAGAGGCUAAAGAUGCCCAAACAAAGGAGGGCCAUGACGUCUGUAUGACCUCAGAUGCUAGAGUAGAGAAGAUGGACUGGUCUAUGAGUGAACGACUGAUAGACCUGGAGAGAGAGAAUGCAGCGGUGGGCGCGGAGCGGGAGGUGUUGCUAUGCCAGCUGUCUCAGUCCCAGUCAGCCGGUAGCCACCUGAGGGAGCAGAUAGACACCCUGCAUCAUCACUCCAUCAGCCUGCAGGAGACCUGCACCAAGCUGCAGACACUCAACACUCAGCUACAGGUGGAGGAGGCGUCCCUGAGCUUCCAGCAUGCAGCAGCGUUGGCGAGGUGCAGCAAGAGCGAGGCCAGGUGUGCUGCUUUGGAGGCGGAGUCUAAGAUCUGGGCCAGGGAACAUGAGGAGUCAUUGGUCAGGACGGAGGGGCUGAGGAGGGACCAGGAGCGAAUGACAGCGCUGCAGCAGAGGCAGGAGGCAGAGCUAGAGGAGCUGCUGGAUAGACACUCCCAUCUGAGGAGCAGCAACCGUAACCUGGAGACACAGCACAGGGAUCUGGAGGGAAGGUAUCAGGAGCUCCUGGGCCUCAAAUCCCAGAUGGAGGAGACAAAAAGAGAGAUGAAAAUGGAGAGAGAGAAGAUGGAGGGAGAGGUGCAAAAGCAGGCAGAGAGAGAAAGAGAAUUAGAGAGGCUGAAAGAAGAUAAUGAGAGGCUGCAGGGUGUGCAGAGGGAGUGGGCCCAGGUGCAGAGUGAGCUGCUGGCCCAGGGCUCGGUGCUGCGGGAGCUGAGUGCUGCCCAGCUGGAGAGGACCAGGCUGGAGGGAGAGAUCAGCUCUCUGAGGGAGAACAACCAGAGACUGGAGCUCAGCACCGACCGCCUCACCAACCAGUACCAGCUGCUGACCCAGCUGAAGGGGAAUAUGGAGGAGGAGAACCGUCAUCUUUUGGAGCAGAAUCAGAGUCUGACCAAUCAGAACAGAGACCUGAUGGAGCAGAGCCUGGAGCGCAAGGACCAGCACCACUCACAGCAGAGAGAAUACCAGGAGAAGAUGGGUGAGCUGCGUAGAGAGAAACAGAAGCUGGUGGAGAAGAUCAUGGAUCAGUACAGAGUCCUGGACCCCAGCAUGCUUACACCCAGCAAGGCCAAGAAGUCCAACUGGAUAGCAGACAGGAUGAAGAAGCUGAUUAAGCCUAAAGGAGGAGGGAGAGAGGGACGUGCUCCGGUCUACGCUGCUGGCAGUAUAGAGAACCUGGCUGACAGUGCAGACUACCCACCAGACACACAGACUGCUGCUGGGACUGACCCCUGCAGUGCCCCCGUCUCCCCCUCCUCCCUGCGACGUGCCCCCUCCCUGGGUAUCUCUGACCAGACGGAAGGGCUGUGUGGGCUGCCGCUGCGUUCAGGUUCGGGGUACCGUCGUAAGCUCGGCCCCCGUCGAAAGUUGGCUUCACAGUCCUUCAGUCCCGGAGACCAGAAGACUUCACCCCUCGAGCGUCUACAAUCUGCAAAUAGAGGUCCCACGGUGAUCUGGGAGGGGCAGAUCAGCCCUAGAGACAAACUCACUCCCAAAACCACACCCAUGGCCUCCACCAGCCAGGAGAAUGUGAUGGAGGAGGAAGGGAGAGCCGUGAGUGGGGACAACAAUGAAGGACAUCUCAACUCAGACCCCUGCUGUCAGUCCAGUAAGGACUAAGAGAGAAUUACUGCCUUUCUGCUUCAACUGGAAAUACCAUGAUCCUUUGCACACAUCCGACCUCUCCGACCUCUCCAUACAGAUCUGAUCUAAGUCCAGAUAGGGACUCAUAUUAAAAGUGUCAAAUUCAAAUGUUUUGUCAGAUUUUUGUAAAAGGUCUCUAAUAAAUACAGUAUUUCUGAUCCAUUUUCCAUA